AUGAGAUGCGGUUUGACUCAUAUCUCUCAGAUCCGGACGCUAUGCAGAAGUAGUAUGCACACUUCGAGGGCGAGUCUGGUAGAGUUGGCCGUGUCGGUAGAGGCGGAUUUGAGUGGGCCAGUUGGUUCGGUGGCUGUGCCAUCCGCUCCUGUUAUCCAACCUCGGAGUCAGCAGCAGCAGCGCAGAGGUGGCGCGAGUUUCAGUUCUGGUUCUGGCAGGGGCGGUUUGCCUGCGCAGGGCCAGAAGAGGAGUCGAGAUGAGAGCUCUGGAGGUAGUCAGGGUACUCGAGGCAGCCGGGUCAUCUCAGAUGGCGUGUCCCCAGUUGCAGAGGAUGGCAGUGGCAGCGAUUCAGCCGGUAGCGGCUCAGCCGGUGAGUCAGAUUGCGGCGGUGCAGCCAGCGGGUCAGAGUGGAUCGGCACCGCGGGGCUAUUCUUCAGUGGAGACCGGCGGGACCAGUCAGGCCGGACAGAUCACAGGUAA